CCUCACUCACCUUUCAUCAUAAACAUAACAUCAAAGAUUCAAAACUGUUAAAUUUUUGCAGCAUCAAGCUUUUCCAAAAAUAUCAUACUAUGUCUUCUCUAAGAUCCACCAUGUCAAAUGAUCAUUCCAAAUCAACCUUUGAUGAGCUCCGAUGGGUGAUUAACAUCCGCAAAACCCUUGAGGAGGAGCUUGAGGAAGAUGGUGAAUUUUCUGUAUCCAUCUUCAGCGUGCCAAAGCUCCUCAUGGCAAGUGAUCCAGACUCAUAUGUCCCUCAACUGGUUGCAAUAGGCCCUUACCAUUAUUGGCGUCCAGAGCUGUAUGAGAUGCAGAGGUACAAAAUUGCAGCAGCAAAAAGGUUCCAGAAGCGUCUACAAAGCUGCAAGUUGGAGAAUCUCGUUGACCAGUUGACCAAGUUGGAGCAAAGGGCUCGAGCAUGCUACCACAAGUUCUUGGACUUCAAUGGAGAAACAUUGGUGUGGAUGAUGACAGUUGAUGCCUCAUUCUUGCUUGAAAUCCUUCAAGUUUAUGCCGUGCAAGAAGGAGGAAAGCAGGUACCCGGGGUUUCCUCAAGCAUGUCUCAUUUGGUGGACUAUUCUGGGAAGAAAUCAGCCCAUAAUGCAAUUUUGAGGGACAUUGUAAUGCUUGAGAAUCAAAUCCCACUAUUUGUGUUGAGAAAGAUGCUGGAGUUCAGAUUCUCAUCACUAGAAGCUGCUGAUGACAUGCUGAGCUUGAUGUUUAUAGGGUUGUUCCAGGAGAUUUCUCCUUUCAAGCUGAUGGAGGAGUAUCCAAACACUAAAGUCUCACAGAGUGUGCAUUUGUUAGAUUUCUUGUAUGAUUUGAUAGUACCAAAACUAGACCAACAGGCAGACACACUAGAAAUUGAUGAGUUUCAACAAGGAGAUGAAGCAAAGGAAGGAAAAGAAGAAGCAAGCUCAAACUCAAGCCAAGUUAAGCAAUUCUUCAGUGAAAUAUGGAAGCUGCUCUCAAAGUUAAACAAAGGGCCAGUGAAGUUAGUCAAAAAGGUAAUUGUAUCUAAACCUCUCAAAGUCUUUGCUCAGCUUCCUUGGAAAAUAGUGUCAAACCUUCCAGGACUCAAGGUUCUGAAGCAACCUGUUGAAAACUUCUUUUUCUCACAAGAAAAAGGAGAUGAAAAAGAAGGUGGGGGUUCAAGCUCCAAUAAUCUCAUGAACAAGCCACCCUCGGUGGAGGAAAUCACUAUUCCUUCGGUUACAGAACUCAUGAGUUCUGGUGUUCGUUUUGUACCAACUAAGGGAACCAUAUCAAACAUAAGUUUUGAUGCAAAGACAUGCACGUUGUACCUUCCCACAAUUGGUUUGGACGUUAACAGUGAAGUUUUCCUGAGAAAUUUGGUGGCAUAUGAAGCCUCGGUUGCAUCGGGGCCAUUGGUUAUAGCACGUUACACUGAGUUGAUGAACGGGAUCAUAGACUCGGAGGAAGAUGCAAAGGUUCUGAGAGAAAAAGGGAUCAUUCUGAACCAGUUGAAGAGUGAUAAAGAGGUGGCUAACUUGUGGAAUGGGAUGAGCAAGUCGUUGAGAUUGUCAAGGGUGCCAUUGUUGGACAAGGUGAUUGAAGAUGUUAACAAGUAUUACAAUGGUAAAAUGAAGGUAAAAAUUUGGAAAUUCAUGAAGGUUUACAUUUUCAGUUCUUGGCAGUUUUUGACAUUCCUAGCUGCUAUUUGCCUCUUGCUCUUGAUGGCUUUGCAAGCUUUCUGCUCUGUCUACACUUGUAGUCGAUUUUUUAGUUCUGCACUAGAUCAUACCGAGUGAUUCAUGCAAUGAUGUUAUGUGUUAACAAAAUUUGAGUUUUUUUUUUUUUGUUAUAACCCAAUUAUUCAUGAUGUGACGUUGGUUGCUACAUAAACGAAUCUUUUGUGAUAAUGAUCAAAAUGAUUCGUGUCGUUUAAUGUCUAAUAUUUAAGGUUAGCUCAAGUUUAUGCUUAUUUUAUCUUAUUUUUUAAAUUCGGUUGUGCAUCUCUUUUGGCUGAAUUUGUAUAAUAUAUGCUGUUGAUACAACUUGGUCUAUUUAAUAAACUCGGCCAACCACUAGCCAAAGCCAUGCCAGGCUUCAGUAAUUUAGUUGUGCCUUUCAACGAA